AAUUAACAUGUAAUUUUUUCUCACGGAGAGCUGACUGAGUAUUCAUGGUCCUGGAUGCAGCCAGAGAGAGAGAGAGAGAGAGUUUAGAAAUUAUUCUGGCUAUAUCACGUGAAAAAAAAGAUUUGUCUCUCCUGUCGUUGAAUCAUACUACGAUUUCAAUUUUGGCGGUGACAGUACAGAAUCCACUAUGCUGUAUUUCAUACUUGUCAUUAUGAGUGUGUGAUACGGAUUUGUGACAUUUUACUAUUGAUUGACCCAGAAUUUCGUGGUGCCACAUGAUUCUGUCGUUCAACGACAUAAAAAUCUGCAUAAAUUAAUACAUACGGCGUGACAAAUUGAUACGGCUCAAAAGCGAAAAGAGAAGAAUGAUGUGUACGAUACGAAAAGUCAACAAAAUAUCUACAUCACGAAUUAAUCUUUCACGUAUUCACAUAUUUCAUAACGAUCCGCUGCGAUCGUAAUUUACAAAGUAAUAAUCUUAUCUGGGUAAAACUAAAAAUUAAACUCUCGCGACCCAUAACCCAUCCGCUCCCCAUUUUUAUGAUAAGACGCUGAUAAAACGGCAAAUGCGAGCCUUCAAGCCUAUAACUUGUACGUGUAAUUAAACAGAGUAGAGAAUUAACAUCGAAAUGCACGAGAUCAUCGAGUUAAUCGUAAACAGCGCUUUGCUCUGGAUGUUCCUGCAAACGACGCUGAGUGUGUUGGUUACUGUCCUAUAUGAAUUUAGUAUUCCUUGGAUUGUUUGGGAUUCAUUGAUUAUCCUGAUCACGCUCAAGCUGUUGCGAAUAUCACCUCCAGCUGCCAGUGUUGUGCAGGAAAUAUUGGGUGUGAAUCCACUCCACCUGGAAAAAGAUAACUCCAUGUCUGAGAAUCAUGGUAACGAAGAGCGAUAUUGCAUGCGAGUGGUGGCCCACCGUGGUGGAGGAUACGAUUAUCCUGAAAACAGUUUGUCGGCUUUCAGAAAUUGCAAAGAGAAAGGUUGUACUACAGUAGAACUUGAUUUAAGACUAACAAAAGAUAACAUUCCAAUAAUAUUCCAUGACUCAACGACAGAGAGACUUACAGGCAAAAUGGGAACAAUUAGCGAAAUGACAUGGGAGGAACUGCGAGAUUUAGACAUAAGUCAUAAUCAUCCACUUAGGAACAAAGUUUCUAAUGGAGAGAGGAUCCCACUGUUGUACGAUGCAUUGCAGCAAUGUCUAGACAAUGAGCUAAGAGUAAUUAUAGAUAUAAAGGAGACGCGAAUAGAUGUUGUGCAAAUUGUUCUGGAUGCGUACAAAAAAUAUCCGAAAUUGUUUAAGAAAGGAUUCAUCACAUCUUUUAAUCCAAUCAUUUUGUAUAUGAUCAGAAAGAAAGAGCCACGCAUCAUGGCGAGUCUCGGGUGGAGACCGCAUUAUUUUUCCAGAACAUCAUAUGCUGGUCUGGAAGCGCUUGGCCCGGUACGAUUUCACAAUCCACUUAAGCAUUUGGCAGCUUGUAUUUUGGAGACCUUGUACGAGUGGCUGCUACCACGCUUCAUCUACUAUAUCGUGGGUGUCUCUGUCGUAUUGUUGCACAAGGACAUAGUAAAUCCACGCGUAAUAGAGCGAUGGUUCGAACGCAAUGUCCGCGUGAUGGCAUGGACGGUGAAUCGGCCAUCGGAAAAAACGCACUUUUCGAAGCUUCUUAGAAUUACUUAUUUAACUGACACGUUACAUCUAGAGAAGGAUAUGUAGUGACACAUCCGACAUUUUCGUUCAGUAUUAAACUUCAAAGACUUUCAUAUUGUAUACUUGACAUUACACAUACAUAUUUUACUCUUUUGUAUGUAGAUUACGUCACGAUCAAUUAUCUAGUCGGUUCCGUAAAUUCGAUUAAUGACGCAUGUUAUUCUUUAAUGUAGGACGUAGAAUACCCGUUUUUAUAUAUGAUCAAAGGUAAAAGAAUCCAUUUUUUUAAAGCUAUUGAAAGAAUAUACAAGGAGAUCGAGUGUAUGUACGUACGUCAAACUUUUAUGUUACUGAAGAUAAAAUAUACUGUACUUUGA